AUGGCAAACUUCAACAAGAACGCAGCCUUUGCAGUUUUGAUGUGUCUGCAGCUACUCUUAGGUGCUACUGAAGCCCAAAACAACCAAGAUUGCUGCCUUUCUUAUACCAAGGUUCCUCUGCCUCGAAGAACUAUUACAGGAUUCACAGAACAACUUUCUAGUGAAGUCUGUGAUAUCAAUGCUAUCAUUUUUUACACACGGAAAGGAUUACGUGCUUGCGCAAACCCUAAAGACCGUUGGGUGAAGAAGCAGCUCCACUGGCUGGGUGAAAAGCUCAAGAAGUUGUCACACUUAAACUAUAUUUGAAAUGAAGCUAGAAGCCAGGACAAAGCCAGAAUAAAGAACCUAACAUAGGUUGGAAUUGUGUCUCUACAUGCGUUUGAGUGCUUGGUGUCUUUGAACCCCUGGAUUCUCUGGAACCUCAAAAACGUGUUGCAUCAAAUACUUGCUUGAAUGAAGCAUCCCAUAUAAGUUGCUCUCUUCAUUUCUAUCAGUUCACAUGUUGUGACUGAUAAAUAUUAAAUUGUAUUGUAAAUAAUAUUUACCUAACUGGUUAUAGGGCACAUUCUGUCUGUCAGAGGAAGCGUCCUGUAAUGUGCAUCACCAGCUACCACCACUAUUGCUGCAACAGUGGAUAGCCUUUUUUAAAAGUUCAUAUAUUAAGUAUAGUUAUACCCUACACUUUCCUGCAAGGAGCUGAAGACAGUUUACACAAUCCUUCUUCCCAUUUUAUGCUCACAACAACCCUGCAUUGUAGGUUAGAAUGUGAGUUAAAGUUAUCCAGCGAGCUUCAUGGCUAAGUGGAAAGUAUAACCUGGAACUUCCCAGUCCUAAUCUAUCUCUCUAACCACUAUGACAUGUUGGCUUACCAUUUUGAGCAUUAUGAUGUCUGGUUUGUGGCCUUCAGGUGAAUGAAAUUUCUUUAUUUGGUGACUGCUCACCAAACAUUUCCAAGUAAUAUUGUCCAUAAUUACUCUAUCCAUAUAAACUGAAAUGUAUAUGCUACAAUAUUUUGAGUAAUUUGACAAAAAUGAGAACACAAACAAAU